ACCAGUUAGUGGCUUCGUCGUUUCCUGUUAGUGUUACUGUAUAUAUUUUUAGUGAAUUGUUAAGUUAAAUUAAUUUUUAUAAAAAAAUAUCAAUGGCUUCGUGGGGUUCUCCAGCUCAAGGUUAUGUUCCAAGGUCACCUGGGAAUCAGUAUGCAAAUACAAGGCAGACACCACCUCGGUUUCCCCAGAAUUCUCCUAAUUUUAGACAAAGAGGACGAAACUCUGGUUUUUCUCCCGUUCAAAACCAGAACCCGAGGCAGUAUCACCCGUAUCAGCAAGAGUUUUUCAAUUCCCCAACAAGCCCACAACAUAGGCAGUUUUCUCCAAAUGGUCCAAAUUUCUUUAGAACCCCGCAGCCAGUUAACAGGACACCUCCGACGAAUAUGUCGUGGAGUGAUAGGUCACAAUGCAGGUCAUCACCUAAAAGACUUCAGAUGAUGAACAUGAAGAGUCCAAGAUAUGAUCACAAUUGUAAUCCAGGAGGAAGUUUUAAUAUAGAAUCGUAUUAUCACACAAGUAUGUUGGAUGACCCAUGGCGGGAUUUGACCCCUGUUCCUGUAACACAAUCGCCGUCCACAACUACAUGAUUAUAACAUAAGAGGAAAUGUUCCAAAAACUAUCUGUUAAAUGUGUUUAAUAUAACAUACUUUAUUCAAGGCUACUCGGCCUAAUGAUGUAGUGUGUACCAUGAACAAAGUAACUCCAGUUGAAAUUGUUUAACAAAAUGUGGCACUGGAUUGCCAGCAGUUGUUAUUCCUAAUGGAAUUGUUAGAUUUCGUCCAGUGUCUAAAACAGCAAUACAUGUUGCAUUUGUGUCUAAAACAACAGUGCAUGUUGUGUUAGUGUCUAAAACAACAAUGCAUGUUGCGUUAGACAGUUCUUCUAAGUAUAUACAUGUCUAUAGCCCUAACAUAUUCGAGGAAGGAGGGAUGUGAAUUUACUUGACAUACGGACAUGACAAAAUAUUAUAUCACAAGUUUAUACCGACAUGAAUUUUAUUGUGUCUUGUACGUGUACAGACUUUUACAAUUUUAGUGGGAUUCCAUUUCCUGCAUCACCUACCUGUUUUACAUGCUAUAAUUGUUGAUAUUUUUUUACGGAGCAUGCAAUUAGUUUUUAAAGGUUUGAUUGUAAAUAUUUUAAACUGUGGUGCUGUUCAUUCAUUACAAAAUACACCAUUUGGCCUCAUCUGAUUCAGACUUGUAAUGUUCAGUGGUUAAGAUUUUUUUAAACAAUGUAUUCAGUAAAUAUGUCAAAAUGAAAUAUUGUGUGAACACUGACCAGUACAAAAACUAAUUUAAUAAGAAUCUAAAUACGUAGAGGGCAAACGUAGAAUUUUAUUUCAGAUUAGUUUUAUAUACUGUAUUUCUCAUGUUAUUUUGAAUUGUCAAAAACAUGUUAAAUUAAUGCAUUAUGACCAUUGAUUUUUGUUCUUCUGUAAAUUCAAUUGUAAUGGUCAACUAUAGCUAACACAGUUAACAUAUAGUAUACAGUAGUUUACAGUAACAUAACUCUUGUAGCCUAAAAAUAAAGAACAUAAUAAGAUAAUUACAUUUAUAUGAUUUGUGUAAUAAAGUGUACAUGUAUGAAUGUUUAAGUGGUAAUAAAAAGAAAGAAAGAACAAAGAUAAUUACGUAUAUAAUGUGGUUUGCGUAAUAAAGUGUAUGUGUUUGAGUAAUCCUGUAGUAUUUCUAUGAGAAAUCAUCCUGGGUAAAUUUUAAAUAUUUGUACAUGUACUGCACAACCAGGCCCAUAGGAAUGAUAUCUGGAGUGGGGAUGGGGAUGGUCACAAUCUCUAGUUGUAUUGAGUAUGGGACAAAACAUGUACAUUUUCAUGCUUCUAUGGGCCUCCUGACCACAUGUGCAGUUGCUAUACAUGUAUUAUUCAAGAAAACUAAAUUGGCUGGUGUUUCAAAUUGUAAAACUAGUCCACAGAUGUAAUACAUAUUUGCUGUACAUUAAUAUAAUUUAUUAACUGUCACUGUUGUUUCUGUAAUGAUUUAUAAUAUAUUUAAGGUUUAUAAUUUUCUAUUCUACAAUAUGUAGUUAAUCAAAUCAUUGAAUUCAUUAAGGAGUUAGGUGAUGAAAUAAAAAACAUUUAACUAAAA